AUGUUCAUCUUCAAGCAUGGCGGCAGACAAGCCGCUCAAGUCUUUCGACCAGCUUCAUUACAUCUCAACAAACGCUUCGCCUCCAAGAUAGCAAUCCCCUUUCAGCCGCCACCCUUCCCUGUUAUCGAAUCCUGUCCAGCACCAACAUGUCAAUGUCGAGAGUCGCCACAGGGUCUCGACAUCGAUCGAGAGGUGAACCUGAACGGGAGCAUGGCGACUUACGCGCAGCAACUGUUGAUUUGCACGGAUAAAGAUGAUUGGACGAGUAAAAUCGAAGAUGAAGAGGAUGCGGUUCUGGUCAGGGAGUUGAAGAAGAAUCUCACAAGAGGCGGGAAGUUCGUUGAUCCAUACCACAAUAUAAUGAUUACAAACUCUUCUUUUCCACCGAGUGAACGAUCGCCACCACCGCAGUCAACAUCACCAACACCACCAUCCUCAGCAUCAGCCUACCUCCUACCCUCCUUCAAGUACAUCCCAAUAAUACCCACCGAUCCAAAGGGAGUCGAAGAUUUCAUCCGCGCCUACCUCUUGCCCCUCAAACUUCACCCUUCCUACGAAAAACUCAGCCUCGAACAAAAAGUCCAUCUUCUCCGUCAAUCCGAACUGCAAAAUUCCUUCCUAGGCGUCCGACCCGUCGACGACAUCCUUGUCCUGAUCUGCGGCCACGGCGGCCGAGACCAGCGAUGCGGGAAAAUGGCUCCUAUCCUAAGGGCGGAAUUCGAGGAGAAACUCCGUUCACAGAAUGUCUCAGUCCUCGACGGCACUCCUGGUCCUGAACGAUCGAAUGCUCCUGAAGACCCUCCAGCAGCUAGGAUAGCCUCGAUAUCGCAUAUCGGAGGCCAUAAGUUUGCGGGAAAUGUGAUCGUCUACAUCCCGCCAUCAUUCACGAGGAAUCCGCUUGCGGGCAAGGGAAUCUGGUAUGGAAGGGUGGGUCCGGAGCAUGUGGAGGGGAUCGUUUCAGAAACGAUUUUGGGCGGUAGAGUGAUCAAGGAGAAUUUCAGGGGUGGGGUUGAUCAGGACGGGAAUGUGUUGAGGUUGUGA